CUCUGUUCAAUGGCGACAUGGAGCCCGAGGCCGGCGCUGGCGCCGCGGCCUCUUCAGCUGCGGACCCGGCCAUUCCUGAAGAGGUCUGGAAUAUCAAGCAAAUGAUUAAGUUGACACAGGAACAUAUAGAGGCCCUAUUGGACAAAUUUGGUGGAGAGCAUAACCCACCAUCAAUAUACUUGGAGGCCUAUGAAGAGUACACCAGCAAGCUAGAUGCCCUUCAGCAAAGAGAGCAACAGCUUCUGGAAUCCCUGGGUAAUGGAGCAGAUUUUUCUGUUUCUAGCUCUGCCUCAAUGGACACCGUUACAUCCUCCUCCUCUUCUAGCCUUUCAGUGCUACCGUCAUCUCUUUCAGUUUUUCAAACUCCCACAGAUGUAUCACGGAACAACCCCAAGUCACCACAGAAACCCAUCGUUAGAGUCUUCCUGCCCAACAAACAGAGGACAGUGGUACCCGCAAGAUGUGGUGUUACAGUUCGAGACAGCCUAAAGAAAGCACUGAUGAUGAGAGGUCUCAUCCCAGAGUGCUGCGCUGUUUACAGGAUUCAGGAUGGAGAGAAGAAACCAAUUGGCUGGGACACUGAUAUUUCCUGGCUUACUGGAGAGGAGCUACAUGUUGAAGUACUAGAGAAUGUUCCACUUACAACACACAACUUUGUACGGAAAACUUUUUUCACCUUAGCAUUUUGUGACUUUUGCCGAAAGCUGCUUUUCCAGGGUUUCCGCUGUCAAACAUGUGGUUAUAAAUUUCACCAGCGUUGUAGUACAGAGGUUCCACUGAUGUGUGUUAAUUAUGACCAACUUGAUUUGCUGUUUGUCUCCAAGUUCUUUGAGCAUCACCCAGUACCACAGGAGGAGGCCUCCUUAGCAGAGACUGCCCUUCCAUCUGGAUCCUCUUCUGCACCCCCCUCAGACUCUACUGGGCCCCAAAUCCUCACCAGUCCAUCUCCUUCAAAAUCCAUUCCAAUUCCACAGCCCUUCCGACCAGCAGAUGAAGACCAUCGCAAUCAGUUUGGGCAACGAGACCGGUCCUCCUCAGCUCCCAAUGUUCAUAUAAACACAAUUGAGCCUGUCAAUAUCGAUGAAAAAUUCCCAGAAGUGGAAUUACAGGAUCAAAGGGAUUUGAUUAGAGACCAGGGGUUUCGUGGUGAUGGAGGGUCAACCACAGGCUUGUCGGCCACCCCACCUGCCUCCUUACCUGGCUCACUCACUAACGUGAAAGCCUUACAGAAAUCUCCAGGGCCUCAGCGGGAACGGAAGUCAUCCUCAUCCUCCUCUUCGGAAGACAGAAGUCGGAUGAAAACACUUGGUAGAAGAGACUCAAGUGAUGAUUGGGAGAUUCCUGAUGGACAGAUUACAGUGGGACAGAGAAUUGGAUCCGGGUCGUUUGGAACUGUCUACAAGGGAAAGUGGCAUGGCGAUGUGGCAGUGAAAAUGUUGAAUGUGACAGCACCCACACCUCAACAGUUACAGGCCUUCAAAAAUGAAGUAGGAGUACUCAGGAAAACUCGACAUGUGAACAUCCUCCUUUUCAUGGGCUAUUCUACAAAGCCGCAGCUGGCUAUUGUCACACAGUGGUGUGAGGGCUCCAGCUUAUAUCACCACCUCCACAUCAUUGAGACCAAAUUCGAGAUGAUCAAACUUAUAGACAUUGCACGACAGACUGCGCAGGGCAUGGAUUACUUACACGCCAAGUCAAUCAUCCACAGAGACCUCAAGAGUAAUAAUAUAUUUCUUCAUGAAGACCUCACAGUAAAAAUAGGUGACUUUGGUCUAGCCACAGUGAAAUCUCGGUGGAGUGGGUCCCAUCAGUUUGAACAGUUGUCUGGAUCUAUUUUGUGGAUGGCACCAGAAGUGAUCAGAAUGCAAGAUAAAAACCCAUAUAGCUUUCAGUCAGAUGUGUAUGCAUUUGGGAUUGUUCUGUAUGAACUGAUGACUGGCCAGCUACCUUAUUCAAACAUCAACAACAGGGACCAGAUAAUUUUUAUGGUGGGACGAGGAUACCUGUCUCCAGAUCUCAGUAAGGUACGGAGUAACUGUCCAAAAGCCAUGAAGAGAUUAAUGGCAGAGUGCCUCAAAAAGAAAAGAGACGAGAGACCACUCUUUCCCCAAAUUCUCGCCUCCAUUGAGCUGCUGGCCCGCUCAUUGCCAAAAAUUCACCGCAGUGCAUCAGAACCCUCCUUGAAUCGGGCUGGUUUCCAAACAGAAGACUUUAGUCUGUACGCUUGUGCUUCUCCGAAAACACCCAUCCAAGCAGGGGGAUAUGGAGAAUUUGCAGCCUUCAAGUAGCCACUCCAUCACGGCAGCACCUACUCUUUAUUUCUUAAGUCUUGUGUUCAUACAAUUUGUUAACAUCAAAACACAGUUCUGUUCCUCAAAUUUUUUUCAAAGAUACAAAAUUUUCAGUGCAUAAGCUCGUGUGGAACAGAAUGGAAUUUCCUAUUCAACUAAAGAGGGAAGAAUGUUUUAGGAACCAGAAUUCUCUGCUGCCCGUGUUUCUUCUUCAACACAAAUAUCACGUGCAUUCAAGUCUGCCCAUUCCCAAGAAGAAAGAGGAGAGACCUGAAUUCUGCCCUUUUGGUGGUCAGGCAUGAUGGAAAGAAUUUGCUGCUGCAGCUUGGGAAAAUUGCUCUGGACUAUCUGCCAGUCAACCUUGCCCUUCUAACCACCAGAUCAGUUGGUGCCUGGUCAUCUGAGGGGGCAAUUUCAAUCACCAAGCACCGUUCUUGCCUGUUGGGGGAUUAUGUU